AUGACUACGAAGAAAUCGUUACCAGCAGCAGCUCCUGGACACGGUGAUAAGUUCCAAAACAAUGGCAAAGCCUCUCAGUCGCCGGACCCGCCCGUCACUGGCAAAUCAAUGUACAUGGCUGCGGGAUCUGGUAUACCUGAGAUCAAGACCAUCCUUUCCGGCUUUGUGAUACCGCACUUCCUCGACCUGAAGGUCCUUGUCGUGAAGGCUGUUGGUUCAAUCUUUGCAGUUUCAACUGGUAUGUGCCUUGGCAAAGAAGGGCCUUUCGUUCACAUCUCUACUUGUGUGGCGUAUCUCGUUGGUGUUCAGUUUCCAAAAUACAAAGAGAAUGGUCGAAAGCUGCGAGAGCUUCUGUCAGCAGGCUGUUCCUCUGGCUUGUCAGUCGCUUUUGGUGCGCCCAUUGGGGGUGUGCUGUUCAGUUAUGAAGAGAUCAGCACUUACUUUCCCCGCAAAGUUCUUUGGCAUGCUUUUGUCUGCUCUCUUUUUGCAGCAAUCACUCUUAAAGCACUCAACCCUACCGGAACCGGUAAACUCGUCCUCUUCGAGACGAACUACGGGACAUCUUACAGGGCGAUCCACUACGUUGUUUUUGUGAUACUCGGCAUCGCCGGCGGUCUAUUCGGUGGGAUAUUCUGCAAAGCAAACUUUCUUUGGUCGAAGACAUUCCGCAAAUAUAACAUCAUCAAGAACAAUCCUGUCUUUGAGGUCUUUCUGGUCGUUUUUGUGACAGCUCUUCUCCAAUAUCCGAAUCCACUGACACGCGAACCCGGCGACAUUAUUAUCAAAAACCUCCUCGUCGACUGCAGGGGUGCCUCAAGCGAAUCUUGGGUUUGCGAGAAAGAAGGCUCAAUACCAGAACGAAUGGGCUACAUCGGCUGGCUGGUCCACGGUACGCUGGUCAAGCUCAUCCUCACAAUCAUAACUUUCGGAUGUAAAGUCCCCUCUGGCAUUAUUAUUCCGGCUUUGGAUGGUGGUGCAUUCUUCGGUCGUCUGCUUGGUCAAUUCAUCCCUGGAAUUUCACCCGGCAUUUUUGCGAUGGUGGGAGCAGCUUCAUUUCUUGCUGGAGUGUCUCGUAUGACCAUAUCUCUUGCGGUAAUCAUGUUCGAACUGACUGGUGAGCUGGAAUACAUCGUCCCCGAUAUGAUCGGCAUCAUGGUUGCCAAAUGGGUGGCAGAUGCUCUAGAAGAAGAAGGUGUCUACGAUCUGGCGCAGACAGUGCUUGGUCAUCCAUUCCUCGAUGCUGAGCAUUCCAUGGCACUCGUUCAAGCCGAACAAUAUCUUGUCGAGGAGCUCAUACCUCCAGAACAGACGAUGAAAGAAAUCACCGUCGAAGUACCAUCAAUGGGCCGUGUGUCAAGGAAGAUGCUCUCAGAAAAGCUAUCUCAGCUCAGAAGACGAGGUCUGAUGGAUGCCGGGCUUGUCCUUGUACAGGACGGUAUGCUGCAAGGCUACAUCGCGGAAGGUGAGCUUGAAUUUGGGCUGGAAGAAGUUGGCAAACAAUUCGAGGAAAAUGCCCUUGUCAGAUUGCUUGGCGCAUCCGAGGUGCAAGAGUUCGAUCUGAGCAUGUUCGUUGACAGGACGCCAUUGACCGUUUGUGCCAAAGCGCCGAUGGAGUAUGCAGUUGAGAUGUUUGGCAGAUUAGGACUUCGCCAUCUUUGUGUGGUUGAAGAGCGGACUGGAAGACUGGUGGGCGUUAUAAUCAAGAAGAGGUUGGUUGUUUGGUUGGAGAGUCUCAAGCAGCAUCAUUAA